AUGUCUGAAUCCGCUUCUUCGUCGUCAUCAUCGUCUUCGGGCAACACCACAAAAGAUGCACUCAUGCAAUCGCAUCGGAACUGUGUUGCAUUUGUUAAAAAACAAUUGGAAGACCCUCUGAUCACAUACGUGUUGGGAGAAAUUGAACGAAUUGGCUGUCCACUUCCGAACCCUUUUUUCAGAUGCGAAAGAUGUUUACAUAGUUCAACAGACAAACCUAAAUUCACUGCUGCCUAUGUUCUUGGAUCGUUUGAUAAUCAUUCAUUUGAAAAAAGCCAACACAAUGACGAAGAGGAUGUCAUCUCGACCGAAAAUUAUUUUGGUAAACCAGGAAUAUUACUUUGUGAAGAUGUGAUGGAUAGAUAUUCCAAAGCGGAUGACAAGACUGUCAUUCUUCAUGAACUCAUACAUGCCUUUGAUGAUUGCCGAGCGAUGGUGAAUUGGAAAAGUUGUGAGCAAAUGGCUUGUGCUGAAAUUAGAGCUUCUUCAUUGAGUGGUGAAUGUGGAUUUCUCUAUGAAACAAAACGAGGCAACGUUGGUAGUUUGAGAGGACAAUUUAUGAAUUGUGUCAAACGAAGAGCGACUCUCUCUCUCAAUCACAGCUCUGUAUGUCAUGGAGAAAACAAUUCCAAAACGGUGGAGCAAGUGUUUCAGAAAUGUUUCAACGACACGGAACCUUUCAUUAAGAGAAUUUAA